CAGUUUUUUCGUUUCGAGUCUGUACCUUUCUAAUGGCUUCCUGGUUUUUUGUUCUUCUCUUCUUGGUUGGGAAUGCUCGGGCGACGACUUUCAACCAAACCGACCUGCGAGCAGCCAUGGAUGACAUGAGAAUGAAAUCUUACCAUGGUUUUGUCAUACUACUCAAGAUCCUAAACAGCUCACAUAAAAACUUGCUGAACUCGGAUAUAACGUUCUUCAUGCCUGCUGAUCAGGAACUUUCUCGAGCUGCUAUUUCGCCUGACCGUAUAGAAGAAUUUGUUCUUAGUCAUUCUAUCCCCACGAGAUUAGUGCUCAGCAAUCUCUUGCACUUCCCGAACGGAAGCCUGGUUCCAUCAAGCAUUCCGAACAGAAUGAUCAGCGUAACCAACUGCAGAAAAAUGGGUGUAUGUAUGAACAAUGCACAAAUUGUCACCCCAAAUGUGUGCUUAAACUCAGCCAUAAGAUGUCAUGGUAUAAGCACAACUAUUGCAUAUGACAAUACUUCUUUUUCAGACAAAAAGCAUAGUUCAGCUGAAACAAUAGUUCAGAGGAAUGAGAAGAAAGGAGCGAAAUCGUUACAGUAUGCAGCAAUGAAGAAGAACCGUCCGCUGCACUGAAUCCAUCCCCCGCCCGUCCCUGCAGCUUAGUUCAUUCAAAUAAAUUCCCAGCUUUGUCGGUCAUUUUCGAGAUAGUAGUUCCUGUUUUAAGCAACCUUUCUAAUAAGGCAUAGUAGUUUGCUGUAAUGUUGUUGUCUUCAUCAUGAAAUACAUUUAUGCUUUUGGUUU